AUGACCACCUCUGAUUCUCACAUUGCAACUUUUAUCUACACAGAUAGUGUCAUGAUGCUGAGACAAGAUUUAAUAAGCGACGAGCUGUUUUUCACAAUAAUGUUUAUUAAUAUGGGAAUCAUUUGCCAGACUAUCUCACUUUUAGGAACAAUUGCUAACAUAAUUAACACAACAGUCUUCAUCAAACAAGGCCUAUCAGACGCCACCAAUAUCUGUUUGCUGGCACUAACUAUAUCCGACUUAUGUUCGCUAAUCACUAUCAUGUGGACUAACGUCUGCUACACUCCCGCCUUCAGAGACUCCGAAGUUUUCUUGAUCUCCUACGAGGUUCAGCUCAUCAGCGGAAUCUGGCCUCACGUAAUAUUUACCCGGACAACUGGCUGGAUUACCGCGUUUAUUAGUCUUCAAAGAUGUGUCUGCGUCAUUCUCCCGCUAAAAGUCAAAAUCAUUUUUACUACAAGACGACAUAUCAUAUCCAUGGCGGCUAUAUAUGUUGUAACAUUAGGCUUAGCUGCUUUUGCCUACUUCUCUUUAGGCCUUGGGUGGAAAUUUGAUCCACUGAAAAAUCACACAGCAAUUGGUCUUAUUUAUUACAUGGACCCAGCAAGGAGAACAAUUGUGGAUCAGAUAUCGUAUGGAAUUAACGGUGUUUUCAUGCCGAUAUCAUGUUUCCUAUCAGUGGUAACAUGUACGGUGAUACUAGUGGCCAAACUAAACCAACAAGCAGCUUGGAGAAAUGCAAGUGCUGCAGGCAACUACCAGGCAAAAGAGAGUUCCAGUAAUGAAAGCAGUAUGGCUUCUAGGGACAAGAAAGCAUCGAAGAUGAUUAUACUUAUCAGCUCCAUGUUUAUUUCCUGUUUUAUUCCUGCGGUUUGCGUGUUUAUUGGUGGCUGUGUGGAGCCUGGCUUUACUUACGACGGGGAAUAUAAGAACAUAUUUUUGGUGACAUUGUCCGUGUCUUUCAUAACAGAAUCAAUCAAUGCCAGCAGUACUGUUAUCAUUUAUUUUACCGCCAGUACCAAAUACAGGAAUACCUUUCGCGAUAUUUUCAAGUUAAAAUGA